AAACCUAAACAAGGAAAACCUUUUCUUUUUUUUUUUUCUGGGAGACAAUGGAGCAUCAUCUUGGAACAUCAUAUCCUUGGACCAAACCAAAACGUAAGCACUAUUUACUUAUUUGCUAAUCUUAUACAUACAGAAUCACACGAUGGGCUGUGCUCCGUCUCAUAAUGGGAUCAUCCAAACAAUUGCAAAAAAUGCAGCUAAACCUUUAAAGAAAAACAAAGCACUUCUUCCUCCCGACCAGGAUAAUAAUGGAAUUACAGUACCUCUGUUGGACAAUAGAAAUGAAGAAGUCAGUCAGAAAGAGGGGUUGCAAAAAGGGUCUAGUCAGCUGGAGAAAAUCGUUUCCAAUGGCUUUAUUGAACUUUCUCACAAUGGAUCUUUUUCUGAUGAUCAAGGGAAGUGUGAAAAACAUAGCACUGCUGAUGAAGGAAUGGUUAAUUUAACGUACCAAAAGAGGAGAACAAUAAGAAAAUACAGUUCAACUGGUUCAGAGCAAGAGGCACUGGGAACAGUGCAACUUGAUGGGAAUUCGAGAAGAAAUAGGAAGUCAAAAAGCCAAAGGCAAGGUAAACAUAGUCGACGUGCAAAACAAAACCAAGCAGUUUUUCUUGACAUAGAAAAAAAGGUUGAUUUCCCAGAAGAGCUUGUUAAGGCUCACCAGGAUGCGUAUGCAUUUCUGAACCCUAAUCUUUCAAAAUAUGAAGCUGUCAUUUCUAUGGCAAACCAAACAGCCCAGACUCAUAUUAUCAUGCAGCAAAUGAUUAGCUUUAUGGCCCUGAGAUUUGAUGAUAUAAAUCAAUGCCUGGAAGAAAUUGCAGAGGAUGGAGAAAAACUUUUAAAAGCCGUAGGGAGCAACCUCACUUGGCCUUUAGGAAAAGGAGAUCCAGCUGAACAUCCUGAUCUACUUCAACAGUUAUUGCUUUAUACAAUUAAUAAAAUGCAAUCCAUAAAUGGCACAGUUUCCUCCUUGACCACCAAUGCCUUGCUAGAUACCAGAAGUUUAUUGGAAUCGGCUGCUAACAUAUUUGAGGAAAAGCUAAAACAAAAAGAACACUGCAAUGAACGACUCCUGAAGAUGAUCAAAUCUUUGGAGGAUUUGACAGCAGGAGCUGCACAGCACAAUCCCAAUGAUAGAACUCUUUAUUCUGAAGACAGUGGAAUUGGUGGCGAUUCCGAAUCUAUGAGAGGAUAUAGAUCUCCAGAUAAGAUGGGAAGAAAGUUAAGUAUUGACUCAUCAGGUCAAGUGAGUUUGGCAACAAGUGAAGUUGUAACAACACAACAAAUGUCCACUAAUAAAAACAAGAUGUCUGACAUUAAUUUAAAUCUGAAGAGUACAUUGGCUCAAAAGGAAAAUAUUGAUCAUUCAUCUGGGGCACAAAAACAUAAUUCAAGUGUUUCUCAACAAAAUAGUAUUUCAAGCAGCCCUUCAAUUAGCUCAAUAGGGACCACUGCCACUUUAGGAGAAGAUAGUACUCUUAAUCCAGAAUCUGAAGACUCAACUAGCAGUGAUGAAAGUAGUGAUGGAAGUGAAGAUGAUAGAAGUUUAGCAAGUCAGAUCACCUUAACACAAAGACCACUGACCUCUCCGGCAGGCAUGGGUCCUUAUAAACAUUCAUCCAAAUGGUUGGAGAACCCAGAAAAUGAGAAAAUGACAUUGAAGAUGAAAGAAGCCAUCAGUGAAAAGAUCAAGUUUGUUCCCGGUAAAUCAAUAAGUAAUGUGUGGACUAGAGAAGAAGUUAAUACAGAAAUAGUUCGACCUAGUACUGCAGAUGGGAGCAGCAGAAGAACCUCUAACAGCAGAAGAUCUCGAUCUGCAGAAUCACUUAGAAGUCAAGCUGAGGAUCCUACUCUAUUAGAACUUCAAAGGACACAAAAGGAACUCGGCAAAAAGUUGGAACAACUGUACCCAUCAACAAAAAACACGGACAUAACACAAAACCCAAAUGUGAAGUCUUUUUCACACACUGGUUGUAUAAUGUCUAGUAAUAAUUCAUCUACCAACAAACUAAAGGCAUGUCUUACUAAAAGUUUCAAUAUCUUACCUAGUCAGGAAAAAGUUGCCCUAAAAAAGAUUGAUACUAAUAUAUCAAGGAACUUAAAUAGCAAACAAAAAACUAAAGAUUUAGAAACAGCAUUAAAUUUGCAAGAUGUCAAGGCAGAAGAGAAGCCUCUUUCUGCAGAGAUAAAGUUGGACAGCAUAAAAGCUUCUCCACGGAAUUCUGUUCGGAAACUUAUACAAACAUUUAGCCCAGUGGAUGACUCCAAAAAACCCUCAAAUGGGAAAACUUUGGGACCUCUUAGAUGUGUUAGAAUGUUUGGAGUCCCUGUCCUUCCUCCCACAAUUCCAUCUUAUCAUGGCUUACAACACUUGGAUAAAAGUAAUGUAUCGACAAUGGGAGAAGAGGCUACUACUGAUCCAAAUGGAUAUUGCACUACAAGCUCACUCACUACUGAUUCAUCUAUAUCUUUAAAACCAUAUUAUACAACUGAAUAUGGAACUGAAGACUUUGAGAACCUCCCACCUCCUCCCCUUGAAAUACUUAUGGAUGAUUCCUUCAACUUGCUAUCAGCCAAUGAUCAGGAGAAUUGCACAAUGAAGCCACCCAUGUCUCAGAAAAUAAAGACCUCAAUCAACAUAAAAAAUGUGUUACCAAGCAAAAAUAUUACUGAUUUUUAUGUAUCUAAAGAUAGGGCAUGCAAGAAUGAAUGUCUAUCUAAUACUGGACUUAGAAAAUACUCUUUACCAUCUGAUCAAGUUUCUAAUAAUAAGGCGUGUAUGAACCUUCAGGAAAGGAAUGAAAUAGAACAGGCUGCAAACUUGUAUAAACAGUCACAUAAAAUAAUCCAUUUACAGAACCCAGGUGAUGGUGAGGUGGUGAGCCCUGGCAAGGACACUAGUGAGUUGUGCUCUGUUAUAUCCAGGGUUAAACCUAAACAAUAUUCUCCUAUAUUACAGAGAAAUGAUAUUGCAAGAAAACUUUCCCCUACAAGAGCUGCAGCUUCAUCUCCACUAAAUAAUAGAAAAUUAACAAGUCCACCAACUUCUUCUCUAGUCCUGAAAGCUCCCGGCACAACAAGUACUCCAAGAGAAUCAAGUCUUGCCGGCGAGAAGAUGCUAGCUAGCCCCCCAUUACAAAGAAAGCUGCCUAGCCCCCCAUCCCAAAGAAUACUGUCAAGUCCUCCUCAGGUACUAAGACAACAGAGUCCACCAAGCCAACGUAGGCUACCAAGUCCUCCUCAAAAAAAAAGACAACAGAGUCCACCAAGCCAGCAUAGGCAGCCUAGUCCCCUGCAAAUACGAAGACAACAGAGUCCACCAAGCCAGCAUAGGCAUCAAAGUCCACCUCAAAUACUAAGACAACAUAGUCAACCAAGCCAGAAUAGGCAACCAACUCCCCCACAAAUACGAAUACAACAGAGUCCACCAAGCCAGCAUAGGCAGCCAAGUCCCCCCCAAAUACGAAGACAACAGAGUCCACCAAGCCAGCAUAGGCAGCCAAGUCCCCCCCAAAUACGAAGACAACAGAGUCCACCAAGCCAGCAUAGGCAACAAAGUCCGCCUCAAAUACUAAGACAACAAAGUCCCCCUCAAAUACAAAAACAGAGUCCACCAAGUCAGCGUAAGCUUCCAAGUACUCCUCAAACAAGAACCCAACAAAGCCCACCAAGUCAUCGAAAACUACCAAGCCCUCCACAGUCUCGUCGAGAACCUAGCCCCCCUUCUUAUUCUGCACCCUCUCCUCCACUUUCUCCAUCUCAUACAGGGUUAAGACGCAGUUCUGAGGACCAACAACCUUCUUCAAAAAUGAUAGGUAAUGCACAAUCAAUAUUUUGUCCAUCAUCAUCUUCCUUAUUUGAAGCCAAGUCUCCAUCACCACCAGCCACAAGUAGCCUGGAAACUGUUUUGAAUCAAGUUCACAGUCCUGUUCUGAGGCACACUUUCUCUCUUCGUCAAUGUGAUGACCAAAAAAGAAGAGUUGCAAUGAGCGCAGCAAACCCUCAACCUUUUGUCCGGAGGUCUUAUUCUGACCGGAGACCAAGAGUUCAGCUACAUCUUCCAACAUCCAUCUCUGCUAAUGCUGUCAGUGAACUGGCUCUUCAACAAACCAGGGCUGAGGAAUCCGCCCAGAAGGACAGCGAGCCUGCGGCCAGCCAGAGCUUAGCGGAUCCCAGAGCAGCCGGCCAGACGGCAGCACAAUCGGAGCUGUGUGUGGUGGGCCAAGGCCUGCAGAAGGAAUGACUGACCACCCCUCACUGACGCCAUUACUUACAAUGGGCUCUGAAAGCCUGAACAUGAGGUGUCUUUGUAAAGAAAUGUGCUUUAUUUGGGAAUUAUUUCCAUAUUUUCUCUUAUUAGUGAAUUCUCAGUAUGCAGAAUUGUACUGGAAUGACUGUUAUAGACCUGUAUGUAUAUGGCUGUAAUAGCUUGUGACUUGUGGGGUAGGUAGUUGCUUCAUGUGUCAACUCGUGCAACCCCCAAACAUGUGUGCCUGGCAAUUAUUUGUGUGCCCAACGAGACCUGCAACUCAUGAUACAUGAGCCUUGCAAUUCAGGCAACCCAAAAUGUGUGUACAAGGCAAGUAAUGCAACUGAAAACACAUGUGCCUGGCAUAUCCUGCAACCCACAAAAUGUAGGCUGGGCAAAUCGUGAACCCAGGGAAGACAUACAACUCAAAACACAUGUGCCUGGCAAAUUUUGCAGUUUACAUGACAUUUGUGACUAAAGCCCCAGAUGUCCCUGAAGUUGUAAAGUAUAUUAUGUCCUUGGAGUAUAUAAAGUAUAUUAUGUCCCUGGAGUAUAUAAAGUAUAUUAUGUCCCUGGAGUAUAUAAAGUGUAUUAUGUCCUGGAGUAUAUAAAGUAUAUUAUGUCCUGGAGUAUAUAAAGUAUAUUAUGUCCUGGAGUAUAUAAAGUAUAUUAUAUCCCCGAAGUAUAUAAAGUAUAUUAUGUCCCUGGAGUAUAUAAAGUAUAUUAUCUCCACAGAGUAUAUAAAGUGUAUUAUGUCCACAGAGUAUAUAAAGUAUAUUAUGUCCCUGGAGAAUAUAAUGUCUAUUAUAUCCACGGGGUAUAGAAUGUGUAUUAUUUCCCCGGAGUAUAUUAGAUGUAUUAUGUCCCAGGAGUAUAUAAAGUGUAUUAUGUCCACAGAGUAUAUAAUGUGUAUUAUCUCCACAGAGUAUAUAAUGUGUAUUAUGUCCCCAAAGUAUAUAAAGUGUAUUAUGUCCCCGGAGUAUAUAAAGUGUAUUAUGUCCCCGGAGUAUAUAAAGUGUAUAAUCUCCACAGAGUAUAUCAAGUAUAUUAUGUCCCUGGAGAAUAUAAUGUCUAUUAUAUCCAUGGGGUAUAGAAUGUGUAUUAUGUCCCCGAAGUAUAUAAAGUGUAUUAUGUUCCCGGAGUAUAUAAAGUAUAUUAUGUCCCCGGAGUAUAUAAAGUGUAUCAUCUCCACAGAGUAUAUAAAGUGUAUUAUGUCCCCGGAGUAUAUAAAGUAUAUUAUGUCCCCAGAGUAUAUAAAGUGUAUUAUCUCCACAGAGUAUAUAAAGUGUAUUAUGUCCCCGAAGUAUAUAAAGUAUAUUAUGUCCCCAGAGUAUAUAAAGUAUAUUAUGUCCCCGGAGUAUAUAAAGUAUAUUAUGUCCCCGGAGUAUAUAAAGUGUAUUAUCUCCACAGAGUAUAUAAAGUGUAUUGUGUCUUGACCAUCAGCUGAGGUGUAAUAGAUCCGGAUUGUGGGGAACUCUAGAGAUAUUACUAGUACCCACUAAUACCACUUCAUAAAAUCCUAGCUUCAUUAUUUGUCAGAUAACGGCUUCUAUCUAUACUCUAUUGCCCACAUUUAUCAUUGUCUUUAGACUGUUGUUUGUGUCUAGAAAAGGGGCAAAAAAGGAGCAUGCAGGGUUUUUUUGCGCCUUUUUUGCACUUUUUGGUUUACACAUUUCUGCUGAUUUUGAGUUGCAAUCCACUGAUUCUGGAAAUACACAUGAUAUGGAAGGGUUUUAUCAACUGCGCCUUUUUGUGAAAAGGCCACUGAAAAAUCUCUAAAACUACACGAGCCCAGACUUAGCUUUUUUGUGUAUGUGAAGAGAGAAAUUUCAGAAAAUGUGACCUGCACAAAAUUUACCAAAUGCUCUUUGACCAUUUAAUAAAUUUGGUGCUCCUACAUAUUACCAGCACACAAAAAAAAGGUCUUAAAAAAUGCUUCACUUACACCUACAAUGAUAAAUGUUGGCCUAUGUCUCUGACGUGGGGCCUUCCCUGGAUACUCACAGAGCCGACCUGAGAAAAUCUGGACUUAACAACAUCUUGACAGCCGGAUCUAUUCAGAUUACCAUAUUGUAUCCUGUCUUGUUAAUAUGUGAUGACCUUUGUUUAUUAUUCUAUGUACUUAUAUUUUCU